AUGAAGGCUUCAUUGACAAAAAUAGUAUGUACCAUUGGGCCUUCUUCGUCCUCAAAGGAGAAGAUCAAAGACCUGAUUGAUGCGGGUAUGUCUGUUGCGAGACUCAACUUCAGCCAUGGAUCAAGAGAAGAGCAUCUGGAGGUUAUUAGGAACAUAAAGGAUGCCAUCUGUAGCUUGGGGAGGUAUGUUUCAAUAGCAUUAGAUACAAGGGGUCCUGAGAUAAGGAUUAGGACACCAGGAGAUAAGAAUAUCGAGGUUAAUGGAGGAGACAUUCUCCGAUUUUCAUCGGUCUCCUCUGGAAAGAGCAUAUGGAUACCUUGGAUUGACUUUAGGUCCUUGGGAAUGGGGGAUAGGAUAUCGGUCGAUGAUGGAAGAAUAGAUCUAAAAGUAGUCGAUGUAGAAGAAGAUGGAUUUGGAUGCGAGGUGCUGAGCAGUGGGAUAAUCAGGAGCAACAAGUCCAUGAACUUUCCUAACAUAGAUGUAGGGAUUAAGUUUUUGAGUGAUGAAGACAGGAGUGACAUUGUUUUUGGUCUGGAGAAUGGAAUAGACAUGAUUUUUGCGUCUUUUGUGAAUUCCAAGAAGGAUGUUGAGGAGAUAAGAAAGGUUGUGGGGAAUAGGAUUCCUGUGGUUUCGAAGAUAGAGUCGUGCCUAGGAAUGAAGAAUCUGGAGGAAAUAGUCUUGUGCUCGGACGGGGUGAUGAUUGCAAGGGGGGAUCUUGGGGCAGAGGUUGGGCUGGUAGACACAUUUAGUGCGCAGAAGAAGAUACUCUUGGAGACCAAAAGAGGGAAGAAGCCUGCAAUCUGUGCAACACAGAUGAUGGAAAGUAUGACUUCCCGGGACACACCAAGCAGAGCGGAGAUUUCUGAUGUUGGAAAUGCAGUUCUGGAGGGAUGCGACUGUGUGAUGCUGAGCGGAGAGUCGGCUGUUGGGAUGUUUCCUAUUGAGACUGUCAAGUUUAUGAGGAACAUUUGUAUUAAGGCAGAGACGUAUUAUCAAGAAACCAAGAAGGACUUAGGAUUUCACAAAAUGUUUCCUUACGUAAAAGGAAUUGUAGUUUGUACAGAUUCUAUGGAGGAUGUUGAGCGACUCUAUCUAGGUAGGCCAGGUGUUCCAAUUAUCUUAAUUUCCGAAGACAAAUGGAUUCUCAGACGGUUUAGCAUUUGGCGAGGAGUUUUUCCCAUGGACAUAAAGCCACCAACGGAUGUGGAUGACGUCCUGCGGGGGCUGGGAUUGAAAGGGACAUUUCUGGUUGCUUGUAAAGAGGAGAUGAAGACGAUAAAUGUUUGA